AUAUAGGGGUCAAGAGUUUGGUUUUAUAGCAGUUCAGCUCUUGCCUCUUGGUUUUUACUUGUGUGUUUAGCUUAUUAAUUCUUGCCAAAGUACACCCUCUUUGAUAUUUGUUAAUUUGAUGGCAGAAUACAAGCAGCACCGACGUCUAUUUGAACGCUUUGAUGAGAAUAGAGACGGAAAAAUAUCAGCAGAGGAGCUGCAACAGUGUGUCCACUUGAUCGGCAAAGACAUGUCGUAUGAGGAAGCAAAGGCUGCGGUUGAGUUAAAUGACUCGGACAAUGAUGGAUUGUUGGGUUUCGAAGAUUUUGUGAGAUUAAUUGAAGAUGGAAGCGAAGAAGAGAAGGCGCACGAGCUGAAGGAAGCAUUCAGGAUGUAUGAGAUGGAGGGAUGUGGAUGUAUAACGCCGGAGAGUUUGAAUAGAAUGCUUACUAGAUUGGGAGAAUCAAGAACCAUUGAUGAAUGCAGAGGAAUGAUUUGUCGCUAUGAUAUUGAUGGAGAUGGUCUCCUCAACUUUGAUGAAUUUGAAAUUAUGAUGCGUUGCUAGUUUUUUGUCCUUGCCACUACUCACUUUGUUUUCUUUUUACUUUCUUUGUAUCUUUGAUUCUUUCAUUGAUCUUUGGUUGAGGAUUGCUCAUUCUUUCUGUAUAUUAGUACAAUAUUGCAACUUGAAGGGGAGUUUUAGCGUAACUGGGAAAGUUGCUGUCAUGUGAUAAGUGUUAGAGAUAUAGUAGAUAUGUCUUAGAUGCAAUAUCAUAUUUGAUGAUUUGAACA